AUGCUGUGCAUUACAGGUGAAGUUUGGACUGGAAUACUUAUUGGCGUGAUUAUGUGGGUCACGACAUUUUGGUUGCUUCAGUCAGUAUGGAGGAUGGUAGAACCCAACCACACAGUUCCAUUUAGUUCCGUUGUAUUGUAUGGCUGGGGUGCCCUCCUGGAAAAACCUCCUUCCGACCCUUCUUUCACCAUUUCGGAACAGGUCUUGGUCGGGUGGUGGUUGCUGUGUUGUCUGAUCAUCUGCACAGGAUUUCGCUCAUCUCUCGUUGCCCACCUCACAGUUCAGUCCAAGUCUACAACUCUUGACAGCUUUACGGAUUUAGUCCAACAGGACUCGUGGAGGUGGUCUACUGAGCCGUGGCUCUACAAGGGAGCAGCCUAUGAAUAUUUCGCUAAACACACCCAUCCCGUGGUGAAGAAAAUUUUUCAGAAUAUGGAGGUAAUGGAGGCCAGACUUGCACUCAGGAAGGUACUACAGGGACGGCAUUCGUUAAUAGAUUUCAAAAAUUACAUUCGGGUGGUAAUUGCCUCCGAAUACACAGAUGCGCAGGGAAACACUCCCUUCUACAUAAGUAAUGACGGAAUAUCGAUCCUAGCAACGUUCGGAUGGGCAUUCAGGAAAGGAGCGCCAUUUUACCGCCUAUUUCAAAAUUUGAUGAUCCGCCUCGAAGACGCUGGCAUUAUUCACCGCUGGACGGAGGAAGUAAUAGCCCAGCGAGUGAGAGAGAGCAAAGGGAAGAUUCAACAGAUCAAGAGCACCGAUACUGGCUUCAAGAGACGGGUAAGACUGAGGCACUGA